GACACCAUUGAUUAUAACUAUCGCAUUGAUAGAAGGUGUCAGAGAAGAUAAGACCAGAUACGUAUCGCAACGAGCGAAGAAAACAAAUGGACGCACAAUUUGUAUUGGGCGUCGUUUUGAUUGUCACAGGAUUUAGAGCCGAUGUUCAUGGUUUGAGAUGCUACAUCUGCGAACGCCAGGAAACCUACGCAGGCUGCACAGCUCAUAUCACCACCUGCGGGGCGGACCAGGAAUGUUUCAUGGAUGAGCUGGUCACCGUUACCAACAUUAACUACUCUGCUGGAUGCAGAUCUAAAGGGGCCUGCCUGUCCUCCGGUUCUGGGGUCGGGAAAAGAACUGUGACCAAGAGACAGGACUUUGAAUUGCGGUCGUGUUCUCAGUGCUGCAGUUCAAGUGACUUCUGUAACGGGUUUCUCUGUGGGAUCAGCAGCGGAGUAAACAACACGGGUUAUCAAAGAUGCUACUUCUGUCAGAAUACACUAAACCCGAACGAUUGUCACAACAUCGUGACCUGCGAUCAGGAUCAGAUUUGUGGCACCCAUGUCGACAUGGCCCCUGGCGGAAGAUUUGUGUUUAAUUAUAUCUGCCAGCCCAAACAGCGAUGUUUAAUUGCAACGCAAUUCAUCGUUAAAAACUACCGCGAUCCCUCAACCUAUCCCCCUGUAGGAAAACGGACGACGGGGCGUAGUUCAGCGACGUGCAACAUCUGCUGCGGCGACACACUAUGCAACUUCGGAAGCUGCCUUCAGCAAGCGGCAAAGAUGAAUUUCUUGUUACAUAAUCAAACCUUUGAUCUCGACACGUUGACACGGAUUCCUUAAUUUAAAAAUCAGCGCUUUGUCAGAGUUGUACACUUAAUAAAAAUGUACAGGUCUGCA